AUGAAGGGCAUCCUGGGCCUUUCACUCCUCCCUCUACUGGCGGCGGGUUCGCCAGUCAUCGUUGAUACCAUCCACAAUGAUGCCGCUCCUGUCAUCUCCUCUUCUAACGCAAAGGAAAUCCCCAACUCGUACAUGGUCAUCUUCAAGAAGCACGUCACCGAGCGGGAUGCUUCUGCUCAUCACGCAUGGGUCCAAGAUGUCCACCUCUCACAAGAAUCCCGCAAACAAGAGCUACGGAAACGCAGCCAGACUGUAUUCUCUGAUGAUACCGUCUUUGAAGGCCUGAGACAUACCUACAACAUUCCCGGUGGCCUGUUGGGCUAUGCUGGCUACUUUGACGAAGAUGUCAUCGAACUCGUGCGCAGGCACCCAGAUGUUGAAUACAUCGAACGGGACUCGGAAGUCCACACGAUGAAAGAAACCCCUUCCCUCGAGAAGAACGCUCCAUGGGGUCUGGCUCGUAUUUCUCACCGUGACGCCUUGAGCUUUGGAGACUUUAACAAAUACCUCUAUUCCGAGGAUGGUGGCGAGGGCGUUGAUGCAUAUGUCAUUGACACUGGCACCAACGUUGAACACGUCGACUUCGAAGGUCGUGCCAAUUGGGGCACGACCAUUCCCACCGGCGAUGAAGAUGUCGAUGGCAAUGGACAUGGCACACACUGCUCGGGAACUAUCGCCGGCAAGAAGUUUGGUGUUGCCAAGAAAGCCAACAUCUAUGCUGUCAAGGUCUUGAGGUCCAACGGCUCCGGUACCAUGUCCGACGUCGUCAAGGGUGUCGAAUGGGCUGCUACCGCACACAGCGAGGCCGUCUCGGCUGCCAAGAAAGGAAAGAAAAAGGGCUUCAAGGGCAGCGUUGCCAAUAUGAGCUUGGGUGGUGGCAAGUCUCGAGUCCUUGAUCUUGCUGUCAAUGCCGCCGUUGAUGCCGGCCUUCACUUUGCUGUCGCUGCUGGCAAUGACAACGCCGACUCUUGCAACUACUCUCCUGCGGCAGCUGAAAAGGCCAUCACUGUCGGUGCAUCCACUUUGGCCGAUGAACGAGCUUACUUCUCCAACUUCGGCACCUGCAACGACAUCUUCGCCCCUGGUCUUAACGUCCUUUCGACUUGGAUCGGCAGUAAGUACGCCACCAACAUCAUAUCCGGAACCUCAAUGGCGUCUCCUCACAUUUGCGGUCUUCUCGCAUACUUCUUGUCGCUCCAACCAGCUAAUGACUCCGCAUAUGCUGUGGCCGCCAUCACCCCUAAGCAGAUGAAGGCCAACAUGAUUGCCAUUGCUACUGAAGGUGCUCUUGCCGAUGUUCCUGAUGACACUGCCAACCUCGUCGCCUGGAACGGUGGUGGCAAAUCCAACUACUCGGAAAUCAUCAACGACGGCGGCUACGCCGUUGACAAGGGCUUCUCUCCCGAAGACUACCUCAGCGAAAAGACAUCCGAAAUCAAGGCCGAACUUAAGCAAAUUGCAGCCGAACUUGAGGCUCUCAUUGAGAAGUCUUGA